AUGGCAGAAAUCAUUCCUGUUAUUUCAAAAGCAGAAUCAUCUGCUGUUGUUGUUUCUAAUCCUUUUGAGACCAAUUCAAAUCUUCGUCUAAGUUCGAGUCUUUUAAAUGAAUUUAAUUACCUCCCUUGGUCAAGAACUGUUUCUUUGGCCCUUGGAGGGAGAUCCAAGCUUGGAUUUAUCAAUAAGGAUACUGUUGUUCCGAAUGAUAAAUCACUCGAGUAUGAAACUUGGCUUGCCACAGAUCAGAUGGUGCGAUCUUGGCUAUUGAAUUCGAUGGAAAUACAUUUAGCUGAAAUCUUCAGCUAUGCCGACUCUGCUGCAGACAUGUGGGAAGCCAUCAAAGAGAUGUAUGGCAACCAAAAUAAUGCUGCCCGUGUGUUCCAACUUCAAAGAGACAUAGCUUGUCUUCACCAAGAAGGUAAAUCUUUUGUUCAAUUUCUUGGUAAUCUAAAAAGCAUGUGGAAUGAAUUGGCAGUGUACAGACCACAUACUACAGAUUCAGCAACCUUGCUGAAAAGGGCUGAGGAGGAUAAGAUUUUUCAAUUAUUGGCCAAUCUAGCACCAGAAUAUGAAGAUCUUCGCAGUCGUAUUCUAAUGAAUCAUGAGUUACCAUCUCUCGCAAGUGUGUGUUCUACCAUUCAGCGGGAAGAAGUUCGUAGAAAAGUUAUGAAUGUCAACAUCAAAUCUGAUUUGUCUGAAACUCGGGCAUAUGUCGCUCAUGUUAGGCAAACUGAAGAGAAGGGGUACAAAGGAAGACGACCAGACUUGAAGUGUACUCAUUGCAACAAUUCAGGCCACACAAAAGAUAGAUGUUGGGUUCUACAUCCUGAAUUGAAACCAAGAUUUUCAAAAGAUAAUAAGGGUACUCCAAGACGUUCACAAUCAUCAGGAUACAAGGCCAAUCAUGUGACUACGUCUACUUCAGAUGAAUUGUCAAGGUUUACAUCUAGCCCUGUUACUCUUAUAAAUGAAUUUGCAUCUUACCUUCAGGCUAAACAAGGUGCUCAAGAGAAGAAUGAACCUGAAAAAUCACAAUCAUAUGCCUUGCUCGGAAAGUUUGCGGGUUUUUUGGCUGAGAAUAAGUCUGUCUCUACCAAAGACAUAUCAGGAUCUUAUCACCAAGAAGACGAUUGGUGAAGGGUUUUUCUAUCAAGGGCUUUAUUACCUUUCCAAUGAUGUUCCCACGUCUCGGGGUUUUCAUGUAAACGCUUAUUCAUCUUCAAAUCAAUCGUUAUGGCAUCAACGCUUAGCUCAUCCUUC